AUGUCCGGUGGAACAGCAAUGGACACUAUGUCAUCUGUGCCACAUAUGAAUGAAGAUAACGCUAUACGUUAUCUCACUAAUUUCGUGAAAUCACCAGUGCAAAAUGAAGCUGAUAUAAAGAAAAAAGAAGAGUCAAUAAUGGAAUUAGGUAAUAUGUUGGCAAAGAAUAAGCAGACACAUGAACUGCGUAAUAUGAUCGAAAACACUCGUCCUUUUCUCGUUUCACUUGGAAAAGCGAAAGCGGCAAAGUUGGUUCGUAAUCUCGUCGAUCUUUGCCUGAUGAUUGAUGAUCAGGAUGGCGAUAUCAAGGUGGAUCUUUGCAAGGAGUGCAUCCAGUGGGCUACCGAACAGAAUCGUACUUUUCUUCGACAGACUUUACAAGCAAGACUUGUUCGUCUCUAUAAUGAUCUGCGUAGAUAUCAGCAAGCACAACAUCUUGCAAAUCAACUUGUGAGAGAACUCAAAAAAGUUGAUGAUAAAGAUGUUAUUGUUGAAGUGCAACUUGAGGAAAGUAAAGCGUGCUAUCAUCUCGGCAAUCUUUCUAAGGCAAGAGCCGCUCUAACCUCAGCACGUACAACGGCGAACUCAAUCUAUAUGCCACCACGUAUGCAGGCAGCACUUGACAUGCAAUCUGGAAUACUUCAUGCAGCAGAUGAACGUGAUUUCAAGACUGCAUUCUCAUAUUUUUAUGAAGCAUUCGAGGGUUAUGAUACUGUCAGUGAUAGAGCUGAUGCUAUAAGGGCAUUGAAGUAUAUGUUACUUAGUAAGGUGAUGUUGGAUGCACCCGAAGAAGUUUCAACGAUUUUGUCGGCCAAACUUGCACUCAAAUAUAGUGGUUCAGAUUUGGAGGCAAUGCGCGCCAUUGCCGAGGCUGCGAAAAAGCGAUCUUUAGCCGAUUUCAAUGCGGCAUUUGGUCGUUAUCGAGAAGAGCUUCAGUGCGAUGCAGUUGUUAAGAAGCAUUUUAAUUCGUUGAGUGAUAGUAUGCUGGAAAAGGAUUUGUGUCGUAUCAUCGAACCGUACUCUUUCGUUCAAAUAUCGCACAUCGCAUCCCAAAUUGGUCUUGAUAAAGAAAAAGUUGAAAAGAAACUAUCACAAAUGAUACUCGACAAAAAAUUUUCUGGUAGUCUUCAUCAGGGUGACGGCAUGUUGAUCGUUUACGACCUUGCACCCGUUGAUAAGACCUAUGAGAAUGCUGUUGAGACAAUACAUGCUAUGGGCGAGGUGUGGUUAGAGGUGCAUUGUAAUGAGAGCGGUGAAGUGGAUCGUGAAGUGUGGUGCAUUCUAUUAGAAGGAAUAAUAUCGGGUAGUGAUCAGUUAUCAUCAUAUUUUACGCAGUCAUCACCAUUACACUCAUCAAGUCCCAGUGCAGUACCAUCAAAUAGCACUAAUAGUAGCAAUAAUACCAGCAGUAAUACCUCAUCAAGCCAACCUCAGUCACAAGCGACAUCUGCAAACACAUCCUUAACACCAUCCAGCUGCAGCAGCAGCAAUCCUCUUCGACUCAGACGCAACUUCUGUGCUUGUCUUCUGAAGCAGUUGAUACAAGGUUGCGUAAGCGAUCCAUCAAAGUCGUCAAUACGUCGUUUCUACAUAUUCACUGACGUGCUGGAAGAGCGUGUUUAUAAGAUUCGUUCGGGUCAAUACGCAGAGUUUGUUGAGACGUUGUUGACGAAGGAACUUUCGUUAUCGAUCAUCGUCGAGUGCUUAAUCGAGAUACUUAUUAUCAUCUCAUCAGUUGCAUCGAACGUCAUCCAAUCGUUAUCACAACAUCUGAAGACACGUCUUGAGGCACUCAUUGAGACUGCCAACAGUUCGGAGGAUAAGUCACUAUUCGACUGUCCAAUCUCAGCUGAAUUCACACAUCAGCUGUUCGCGACUUUCACCUCAUCAUUACUUGUUGAUAUCUUGACAACUGAUCAUCAUACUGCUGCCGACGUUUGCAGAAUCCUCGAAAAAGGGUUGACUUCUUCAUCUCAGCUAGCACCAUUGCAUUCACUGCUCAAGAUCGCAUCAGAAUCAUCGAUCAAAUCGACCGGAAUUGUGCCUUCCUCAAACUCGGAACGUUUAACAGCCACUGACUUCAUCGACAUCGAAGACAAAGAUCUUGAAUCAGUCAUGGAAACACUCGCUAAUCAAAAUCCUAAUCUACUUGCUCAACAGAUACAGGAACUUGGUGCGUCGUUUACGUCGAGUGUGCAGGCUUGUAAGCAGCACCUAGCCGCACUGAACGCAGCAGAUGUUCACUCACUGAACAGUGUCACCUUGUCGAGGGUGAUCAUUAUGAUGAUCAAUACUUAUGCCACCACACCAUCAGCAACAACUACGGGUGGUGUUCUGCCAGAGAACGCAACAGCACCAACAUCGAGUGCGACAGUGAACUGGAAUGCUAAAGUAUUCGCUCAAGCCGUUAACGAAAUUUCAUCGAAUCUGAAUUGGUCCGAAGUGGUGAUGCAUUUGGAUCAGCCGAAUUUUUUAGUUCGUAACAAAGUACAACUGCAGUUCCUUACAAGUUUGUUGCUUGAAGGACUUGGCUCAAAUCCGUUUCCAAUUGCGUUACUCUAUCGAGAGUGGAAUUUCCAUAAAAUUGGACAGGUUUGCCUCUUCACUUCACAUUUUCAUUUCUCUUGGAUCGAGCAAAUUCUUCAAAAUCCAGAUGUGUUUUGCUUUACCGAUUAUCCGCAUAGACCCGUCAACUUAACUGGACUGAAAGUGCAACCUGAAGAAACGAAUCGCGACCUCACGAAUUGGCGAUCACUGGAUUUGCUCGAUAUUUUGUUGCGAUUGAGCGAAGUGCGAAAAUUGUUGAACGGCGUUUUGAACAUUCUGCACAAACCAAUCAGCAGUUGCGCCGAUGUGAUUCUUGUCGGUCUCUUGCAAAUACCGCCACCAGUCAAUAGCUUACGAUCGCAUCUGUUCCAAAUAUUGAUACCGAUGAUGAUCGGGAACCAUCCGAAUGCGGUGUCUGUGCUGAGUGUCGCGUGGAAUAGUGAAGAGCUGAAUAAACCGCCGUUUCAAAUUCGACAAAUAAUUUUGACAGCACUUUGCAAUUAUUAUAUGAAAAACCCUGAUGAUCAGUCGAAGUUGACACGAAUUCUCGAAGUGGCGCACGAACUCAAGCCAAAUGGUCUUGCCGAAUUGUUCAACUUGCCUCAGUUUUCAUUUACAAUUGAUUUGGCAUGUUUGGCGUCGCGAAGGGAUUUCCUGAAGCUGGAUAAAUGGGUCGAGGAUAAGCUCAGUGAACAUGGCGAUGCAUUUGCAACACAUCUGAUCAGUUACAUUCGUCGACGUUUGCCGUUUGGUGUCGUGACAGCGUCGCAAGGUGCAGGAUUGCCUCAGGAAACUCUGCAGACACUCAUAAACUGCCUAUCGAAGCCUACCUCUGUAUCAAGUGUCACCAUCAAUGAGUUGCAACAGUUAUUCCACCAAAUGAGGCAAUUGCAGUUGAAAAAUGGUGAUGCACGCGGAACAACAGCAACGAGUGCAGCAGCGAUGAAUAUGGGUUCAAGGACACAGAUCGGUUUACCGCAAACAUCCGCUGGAAGUGUUUUUGGCGGCGGCGGCGCACCGAACACGUCCACAAUGCAACAACAAACCACCGGUGCAUUCUCCAAUUUUCCUUUCGGUGGUGCGUCUCAGUUUGGUGCAUCGAAUCGUGAUCAAGUCUUAGCCGCAGCCGCUCAGCAAUUGCAAAAUCGCCAGCAGCAACAGCAACAAACGGGCACAAUACCCAACUCGAUGCAAAUGUUCGGUAACAACGCACCGAACACCGGCGCUGCACCCGGCUCUGCAGCUGCUGCUUUUGCACAGCAAACUGACUUGUUGAAGUCGUGGAGUGCGGCAGGCAGCGGUAUACAGCCGAGCUUUGGUGCAUCAAAUGCACUGUCGAUGUCUCCUUCAGGACAGAUGAUGAGGACUGGAUAUAUUGGUGCGAGCGGUUCCACUAAUGCAUCAAGAACUACUGCCGCAAUGACUGGUUCGGCAUGGAACAUGCCUACCGGUUUGCCUGGUUUGUGGGCUGGUACGGGCUUAAGAACAACUCCUGGCCCAACUGCAGCGUCCACCUCCAUCGAUUUCCGUGCACAGUUACCGCCAGGUGGUCCGGGUAGUGCAGCAGGUAUGCUCGGUGGAACGGGUGGUUUUGGUGCAGCGGCUGGCGCAGUACCGGCACAGCCAACGCCAACGGCUGGUCGUUUAACGACGUCAAUGAGCGAUGACCCUACCAAUAUGCAGUUCAACGAAGAAAUCCAGAAUGAAGCCAAUAUGUAUUUCCAACAGGUUAUUUCUAUUGUUGUCGUUUCAUUUAUCACUUUGCAUUAUUGCCUCUGUCAGCAGUAUCGUUGGACGAUUUCUGUGCUAAUUUUAUGCGUUAAUUGCUGCGUUGUUUUGAGAAGUACACUGAGUUAUUGA